AUGGCAGAAGAAGCAAACCCUACUGGUUCCGUAGAAAACCCAGAAGAUAGAUCUAAUCCUCCUCCCUUCAAGAGGAAAAGAAACCUCCCCGGAACACCAGUAGAUCCUCAAGCGGAGGUGAUCUCUUUAUCUCCGAAAACCCUAAUGGCGACGAAUCGAUUCUUGUGUGAGAUAUGUGGUAAGGGGUUUCAAAGAGAUCAAAACCUACAACUUCACCGACGAGGCCAUAACCUACCAUGGAAACUCAAGCAAAGGACGGGAAAGGAGCCGAAGAAGAGAGUGUAUGUUUGUCCCGAAAAGAGUUGUGUCCAUAACCACCCAUCUAGGGCUCUAGGUGAUUUGACCGGAAUUAAGAAGCAUUUUUGUCGGAAACAUGGAGAGAAGAAGUGGAAGUGCGAAAAGUGUUUGAAGAGGUAUGCGGUUCAAUCUGAUUGGAAAGCUCAUUCCAAGACUUGUGGCACUAAAGAGUAUAAGUGUGAUUGUGGCACAAUAUUUUCUAGAAGAGACAGCUUCAUCACCCAUAGAGCAUUUUGCGUCGCAUUAGCCGAAGAGACAGCUAGGGUGAACGCAGCUUCAGCUAUAUCGACACAUAUCGGCAACGCCAAUCCCAUGUCGGCUAACGUUGAUUACCAAUUCAUAGGACCUCCAUUAGUCCCGGGAAUGGCACAAGUGCAUUUUUCUUCCAUUUUCAAGCCAAUCUCGAGCCAUACCAAUAAUGGAAAUAUUAUUGAUCCAACAAAUCAUCAACUUUCUCUAUGGAUGGAUCAAGCAAAUCAAUCACAUGCCCCAUUGAGUUCAGAAUCAUCGUCAAUAUAUGACAAUGAGCCAGUAGAUAAUUCAAAUUAUCAACUCAAUUGGGUAUUCGGAAAUGCGAAAAAUACAAACAUUGACACGAAUUUACUUCCUUUAAGCAAUUUUGGACCAAAAAAUGGGAAGAUUUCAAGCCUUCCAACUUUCAUCACCUCUCAAUGCCAACCCCACCAUCCGAACUCAAUCGCGGAUAUGUCAGCCACAGCUUUGUUGCAAAAGGCUUCACAGGUUGGUACGACUUCUUCUCAUGUUUAUAGAUCGUUUUUAGGAAGUACGUAUAAUGUUGCUGAAGAUCAUUUUGAGAACAAGUUUCGUGGGAAUAUUUAUGGAAUAGAAAACUCGGAAAAUCAUGAUAUAUCUCCAUACACAUCAACAUGUCAAACUAUACGACGUAAUGAUGAAGAUUGUAAUGUGGGUGGGCAAACACGGGACUUUUGGGGGGUCGGGGUUCAACCCAUAUGCUAUCCUACAUCAAUGAACGGAUGGAUCAAAAUGGACGAUAUGGAUCGAAAUGUUUCUUUGGAAUCUUUGCAAGAGAGGCUAUAAAGUAAGUGAGGAAAAGGAGAGGGGAGAUAUAAGAUUUGAUGGCCAACUUUGCA